AUGCUGUUUAACCUGGGCUUGACAGCAGACGCAGCAGCGGCGCACCAGGGCGACAGCGUUGGUGGUCUUCCGCCUGAAUCGCAACUCUCUCCUCCCUCACGUCAUUCCACGCCGCCCGUCUUGUCCUUCGCCAGUCUCGCCAGUUUUUACAACCGUCAUAAGGGAGUCGAAGGCGACAUACGUCAUAAAGAACCCCAGCCUGCCAUGUCGAUCAAUCCGGGGGAAUCGGGCGACUCAAGUGAUGGAGAACAUUCAGUAGCUGGUCCUGUUUUAGCUCGGCCCCCGAUCGCCCGCGCUCCAUCAGUGAGGAAACAAUCGUCACGCCCCAAAACCUGCUACCAGUUAGCGCACCCGGCCGGCCACGCACGUCAUAAACGACUAAAACUUCGCCCCAAACUACUCCUCCAGCUUCAACGUGUCUCCCAGACGCCCCGCGCCCUGCCCGUCCUAGACGUCCUCCCCUCGACCGUGUUUCUACCCCGACUUGCCCGCAAAUUCCCUACGAUCUUCCGUGGGAAGAAGGGACUCGGCCCCAAUGACUUGAUUAUUGUCACCAGCGAUCUAUAUGAGCGGAACGGCGGGGACAUCGCACACCAUUUCCUCCACUCCGACGAGGAUCACGGGGAGCAUCGCGAGGUCGUUGCAACGAUAUGUCAGCUGCUGAAGGAGGAUGCCCUUGCGAAGGGAAAGGCCGAAAUCUGUCUCAACCAUGGCCCCGUGUGGGAAGCCACGCCCCUGCCCAACGGAUCGUACGAGUUCGUCGCCAACACCCAGCAAGGUCCCCAGGUUCUGCGCUGGGUCCAACGGGGCGCAAAGAAUCGACGCGUCUCCGCGCCGCCCGGCUCUCCUGUGCAGGAGGAUACCAAGCGGUUCACAUUCAGCGUCAUCAACCCGAACACUCGUCGUCACCCUGUCAUCGCUACUAUGACCCGUAACUACCUGGAAGUAUUCGACGAGUACUCCAUGCCAACGACCCCUACUUCCAUCCCGCCCACAUCAUCCGCCGUGUCAGUGAUUAGCGAUGGGUCUGAGAUGGAGGCCCCGUCCGCCAACCGAAAGACGCAUACAACAGAUGAUAACCUGCGCACUUUGAUCAUUAUCACAACCAACGAGGCGACCGCUGGGUGUUUCGAAUACCAUGCCUUGGAAUGGCACGAUGCCGGAUCGAGUGCAUGCAUACGGUAG